CAAUGGCCACUUGACGAAAUGCACAUUGCUGGGAUGUAUUCAGGUUCUGCUGCAUUGCUCUGUGUUUUAUUGGACAGGAUUGUCACACUGUCAGUCUUCUCUUGCUUUCUUCACCUGUGAUAAGACGCAAGAUCAAGCAGGCAUUCAAGUUUGGCAGCAUUUUUCUAUUUCCUAGUCUUCUAUCACUCAGAGUGAAAGAGCCGUCAUUUCACCGUAAGUGCACCAAGACCACAUCAACCUUCUUCAGAGAUGGCAACCCAACCAGCUCUCACAGAGUGGAACAGUGAGCUCAUGGACUGCUUUGAAGAUGCCAGCACUUGCUGCUACGGUUUCUGGUGCUGCCCCUGCAUGGCCUGCACGGUGGCAGGGCGAUACGGAGAGAACCGAUGUCUGCCCUUGUGUGACAUCUGCGCUCCUGCCUUGUGUGUCAUUUUCGAGAUCCCUCUGUUUGCGCCUCCCGCAGUCUUGUCUCUGAGGGCAAGCAUGCGAAGCAAGUAUGGUAUCAAGGGCUCCAUUUGUAAGGACAUUCUUGCUUCCUGCUUCUGCGUGUGGUGCAGCUGGUGUCAGAUGCACCGUGAGCUCAAACACCGAAGCCAAGUUCCAACCAUCAUUAACGUGGUCAACCAAACUGUGGUCACUCAGCCUGCUCCUAUGAUGAUGACCAUCCAAAACGCAGCACCUCCUCCUCCUGCUUAUCAAUACGCCGUUCAAAAAUAAGACGCCGUGUUCCCAGGCCGACAUUUUGAUUAUUUUAACCUGGCUUACAUAUUUGAGAACCAUGAACUCGACUGAACGAAAUAAAUCAUUUUUUUAAGAGA